GCUGUUUUGUAGCAUACAGAUACCUUAAAGCCAAAAACUACACUUGAAGAGCAUUCAUCACUUAUAACUGAUGUUCGUUUUAGUCCAAGCAUGACCCGCCUUGCAACAUCUUCUUUCGACAAGAGUGUAAGAGUUUGGGGUGCUGACAAUCCUGGCUACUCCCUUCGGAAUUUUACUGGGCAUUCUGCUGGUGUUAUGUCACUAGAUUUCCAUCCCAAUAAAGAAGACUUGAUCUGUUCCUGUGAUGGGGAUGGUGAGAUUAGGUACUGGAGCAUCACCAACGGUAGCUGCACAAGAGCGUUCAAGGGUGGGACGGCUCAGGUGAGAUUUCAGUCUCGUCUUGGCAGGUAUCUCGCAGCAGCUGCUGAGAAUGUUGUAUCAAUUCUUGAUGUGGAGACAGACGUUAAAGUCUCUAGAGCUUUCGAACAUGACCGAAAACAAAACGAUGACGCUUCCUACACAUGAAGGAUUGAUUGCUUCGUUGGCUGUAUCGACAGUGGCGGGUUUGGUUGCUUCAGCCAGUCAUGACAAGAUCAUUCAGCUUUGGAAGUAA